AUGGACGCUUCGCACCGUGAUUCCCAACAGGGUCGCAUUACCAACCGCCUCGCCCUCGUCCAGCAGCAGCUCAACUCGGCUCCUCGAUCUUCCUCCACCUCCACGCCGCAAUCACAACCACCCGCCACCAUGGCCGCGCGCGACCCCAUUACCUGCCAUUGCCUGAACACCUUGACUGGCACUCCGGCGGCUAAUCUUCCUGUGACUCUCACACUGCUUUCUGCUUCUGCCUCACCCUCCAGCCCUGUCACCUACCAUGCCGUGACCAACGCCGACGGCCGUGUCGCUAAGUGGACGCCCGCAGGCGCAUCCACCUCGGUCCCGGAGGUCUUGUCUGCGCUCCCGUCGGCGGAUAGCAAGACAAACUGGGCGGUACGCUUCGAGGUUGGCCCCUGGUAUGAGGCCCAGGGCAUUGAGAGCUUCUGGCCCGAGGUCGAAGUCAAGUUCACCGUCAAGGGCCGUGGCCGUGAGGGCGAGGAGGGCUGGCGCCAUUACCAUGUCCCGGUGCUGCUGGGUCCCUGGAACUACUCGACAUACCGUGGCUCUUAA